ACGUCACUCUCAAGCAGCUCAGCUCAACAAGUCAGUCGAGUCCUGCCAAGUCCUUGUACUGUCCACGCAAAUCACUUGGAAGAGUUCUUUUGUGGAUCCCACGAACAUGGCUGCUUGGGUCAUGUAGAGAGAGAGAGAGAGAGCUACAAGUAGCUAGAGCCGUACAUAGAGGCUUACGCCUUUUAUUGACUCGUCACAAAUUAUUCUAAUUUGCUGGAGAGUAUGUUGAAUUUCAACAGUGACCUUCACUUUCGUUGGCCAACUAGUAAGGCAGAACAGUGACAAAGGAAGUUGACAUCCACUGUGACUUCUGGUCUGAAUAGGAAUAGAGUGCUAGAAUGGUGGAAGAGGUGACGGAAGCUCUGGAAGCUAGCGUGCUGCGGGAUAACAGCACACCUGUGCAGGAUGUUGGGCAAUCAAUUAUUGACCCGUUUCUCUGCCCUAAGUGUCGGAAGAGACUUGAAAAUCCGAAGCUAUUUCCUGGCUGCCACCAUUCUGUGUGCGGAAAAUGCUCGUCUCACCUCGACCCGGACACACACGAAGUGACGUGCAGUAGUUGCCAGUACAAGUGUCUACAGGAUGAGUUGCUUGACGAUCGCAUUCUUUCGUUCUUGCUGGAAGUGAGUGGCAAUGCACCUACUCCUUGUGCCAACUGUGAAGAGAAUGCGACCUUGUUUUGUGCCACGUGUGAUCAGCCACUGUGUGGCAAGUGCCGCGACUUGACGCAUGCCACGAGAAUGUUUGCGUCUCACACCAUCUUGCAGCAGGAUCACUUUCUCGUGGGAAUGAGAAACAAGAUAUGCCCCGCUCACAAUCGAGAGUAUGUGAUGUAUACCACGGAAACGAAUCAGCUACUGUGCCUAACCUGCUUCUCACUGAUCACUGGGUCUGGCAAGUCACUUGCUGUCGAUGUGGAAUGUGCGCUGCCAACCUGCACUGACCGGUUGAAAGCUUCUGUAGCGAAACUGGAGCAGCUGCAGACCAAUGUCCUUGAAAGCAUUGAUAAGAUUGAAGGCCUGCUGGAGGAGACAGACCAGAAUGCUGACAGUGCCAAGGAUACUAUUGAGCAAGUUAUUAUCAAACUGGAGGACAAGCUACAAGAGAAGCGUCAAGCAUUGAUGGAGGUUGUUGAAAAGCAGAAAGAUGACAAACUGCGGCGACUGGACAGUCAACUGAAGGAUUUAACAAUGUUUGCUGUCAUUGUCAAAAACAGUCUGGAGACCGGAAACAUCUUCUCUGGCUCGAGUAACGUACAUCAGUUCUUGGAUCUUGUGACUGACCUGAUUGAGAGGUUGGAAAUUGUCUCCGACCAUCCUCAGCAGAUCUACGCCAUGACCAAUAGUCAGAUUGGGUGUCACUAUCGCCGAACUAUAAUGAAAUGUGUCGAUGAGGUGCUUGGUCCCAACAUGCAUUCGGAGACGGGUUCCAAUUUCAACCUGGAUUUUGAGCAUGUCAACGGCCACUCUCACUCAUAUAGAAGCAAACCAUCCGCCCCAGGGAUGCCGGACAUCUCCAAUGGACACAAAAGUGAUAUGGCAUCGGCAACAACCUACUUCCAGCGACAGUGCAGCAAUGCAUUGUCCCCGGAUGGCUUUCUGGAGCAGCGACAGCAACAGCACCAGCAGCAGGUUGUUUAUGAGGAGGCGUUUCUUGAUGCUCUCUACGCGGAGCGGUCACGCGCGUUCACCACCAGAUCCAAGGCUCUAGAAGUAAAGUUGAACACGCUGAGGACGCUUGUACAAGACUUGCAUCGCGAUGUGACACACCGCCGAUGUGAACCAGAUGCCCUCCAGCUUUCAAAGAUCAUGACUGAUACUGAUGGUCUCGGUGAAGAACUGGAUGAGCAGAAAGAUGCCGUGGAGAGUGUAGAGGAUGCAUGUAAGGCCACGUGGCAGCGGAUGAUUGACCGUGUGGACAACACCCGGCACAUGUAUGAGUCUAACCUGGACGAUAUCAAGAGAAUGUUGAGGGACCUUGCGCAGCUGGUCAACAUCGUCAAGUCCAUCCAGCCGUACAUCCUGUCACUGAGAGCUGUAAACGAGCAGCUACACCCAGUCCUUGAACAACAAUCUCGUGAACGUGCUAAGCAAGAGGUUAUGUCUGACAUCCUUGGCAAGAUCUCCAAUACAACGCCCAACACUCGGCAGCGUGUCGAGGCGAUACAAACGGCUGAGGACCUCCGCCUGACAAGCGUGGAGCGCAAACGCUCCAAUCCGCUCGAAGACAACCUUAUCAGAACGAAGGAAUCGCUCAAGUCCAGACCAGCGAACAUGCGCCGCCAUCCCGGCAGUGCUCAGACCUCUCCUAUCAAGGAAGUAGUCGACUUACCUGCUGUACAACUCAGCUCCUCUCCUCAUACCACCAGUAGUGAUCAAGAAAAGAAAGGUGACUAAAAAUUAUUCAAGCCACAAAAAAAAACAGGGAAAAAUGUUGAAUUUGACCUGACAUGAGUCCACUCCUGCAACCAAUGCACGCUAAACAUGUACUUCGAAGUAUGCAUGUCUACGGCAACUCAUGAACAUGGCCGCCAAUAUGUAGUUUGAAUGAGGCCAGUAUGCGUAGCACAUAUCAUUUCACUUACUAACAAACGGAUUACGAAAUACUCACGAAAGAACCUGCAAACAUACAGCCCCCCCCCCCCCCCCCACACACACACACACUAACUACUACAUGAUCAUGGAAUGUAGCUAGUUACUCUCUUCUUCUUCUUCUUUUUGCUGGCUGUUGCCUUUUAGAAGAAGUCUCGAAUUCCCUGGCCCGUAACAUAUAGCCGUGAGCUGAAGCUGCGCAUUUGAUUUGUUGAGGUCGACUCUGGCGCAUGUUUUUAUCCCUAAUAGUCACAUUUGGUUUGACCGAGUCCCUGGCUGGGUAUCACUGCUGCGGAGUCUUUCUUAUUAUUUUUUUAGAACCAACCAUUAACCCGUAGGUACUUAUCUAGGAAUUUUACCUCCAAUGUUUUUAAUGGAUUUUGUGCCACUGUCUUGGUGAGCCCUAUCAUUUUCAGUCUAUUGACUCCUUAUUCCGACCUGCGCCCUUAAUUUACCGUGUGGUCCAGUCUGAUCGAUUUCUGGUACGUGUGCUCCCACAUCUGGAGCCUAUUCUUUUUAUCAUUUGGCAGGAUUGAGCCUCAUUCUCUUAUUCUUUUAAAUUUAAUUCUCAACUUCCUCUUAUCGAA